CCAAGUUUAGUGUACACAUACGUCGGCAACAACGGUAAAUGCGUAGUUUCUUGUUAGCCGCCUAUUAAGUAACGCUCUAGAUUUCAGAAACUCCAUAAAACAUGUCUUUGCCAAAACAACUGCUAAAUCAACACUGGCAUACUGUGCGAAUCAAGAAAUCAAUGAUUUUUUUAGAAACUAAGGUUACUACCGCGCAUGAAUACAAAAAACCUCCCUAAUGAGACUGAAUUUGGUGAGCGCUAUCAGCAGUACCAAACAUGGACGACUCAAACUGUGAAAACGGUGGCGAUUUUCACCAGAAUAAGCUGGGGAAACUCGACCGAUUGCGAGUAUAUUGGUUCUCAAUAGACAGAAGAAAACUUGUGCGAGCGUUGUGCUUUGGUCAGGUCUUGUCCUUGCUGUUAUGUGGUACCGCUGUGACCAGUGGCUUACUCCAAGAACACAACGUCUCAAUCCCCACAGCCCAGAGUUUCCUGAACUAUGUGCUGCUGGGCUUAAUCUAUGCCCCAAUGUUGGCGUGUCGGAAGAAUAAGGAUAACAUCUUGGUGAUAUUACGAGAGCGUGGCUGGAAAUACCUCCUGCUUGGUAUAAUUGACGUGGAAGGCAACUACCUCAUUGUCAAUGCAUAUCAUUAUACCACAGUCACUAGUGUUCAGCUCCUGGACUGUUUUACAAUUCCCGUGGUUCUCAUUCUGUCAUGGCUGAUCCUAAAAGUCAAAUACAAACUAGUCCAUAUUAUUGGUGUAUUAGUCUGUCUUGCCGGUGUAGGCUCUCUUGUUGGUGCUGAUAUUUUAACAAAUAAAAAUGGAUCAGAGCAAGCUGUGAAUAUGGUGCUUGGUGAUCUCCUCUGUCUCGGUGGUGCAACGCUUUAUGGCAUUUCAAACGUCGCUGAAGAGUUUGUGGUGAAAAGUUUCGAUCAGGUUGAGUUUCUUGGAAUGAUAGGAAUAUUUGGCAGUUUGAUAAGUGGAUUGCAAGUAGGAUUACUGGAAAGAGAUGCUGUUAGUGAAGUUGACUUCACUUCCUAUAAAAUAGUCCUCCUCCUCCUGGGCUUCGUCGCUUGUCUCUUCUUCUACUACACAUUCUUGCCGGUUGUGAUAAAAGCCACAAGCGCUGCCACAGUCAAUCUGAACAUUUUGUCGGCUGAUUUUUAUUCAUUACUCUUUGGAAUAUUCUUGUUCAGAUACACAUUCCAUCCCCUUUACUACGUUGCAUUUGUGCUGAUUCUCGGCGGGGUUGUGGUCUACUGCUCAAAAGAAACUCCCCAGCGCGUCACAGAUCAAAAUGACACCACUGUGGAACACUUGCAGCAUAUCGUUGAGGAGCCGCCAACGACUCAUAGCAGAGUUUCUGAUGAGGAUGAGGUCAAUCUUACUGUACAUGCUGAAGAAUCAUCACUGAACGCAACUCCUGAUGUUUCACCUGAUGAAAAAACUCCAUUGAAUACCAAUGGAUAAGAAAAGUUAUUUUUGUGAACAUGAUUAUUUUAAGCACGCUUUCAACUGUCAUGUGUGUUGAAAGUUUAACCAUGGGAUCUUGAGCAUGAUAAUAAGAUCAGUGUACUAUAACAGAAUGUGUCAUAAUUGAUUUUGUUGAUUGAAGGGUUAUGUUUUAAUAUAUCAUUCUAUUUAUGCAUGCCAUUAGCUGAGAAGCGUGUAUUUUUACUGUCUUUUUGAUAUAAUUUUCUUGAACCAUUAUACUGACUUACAAGUUCAGAUCAGUUAUGUCAUAUUAUGUUCUUCCUAAAUGUAAAAGGUAAUAAUAUACAAUAUAUACAGAAGUAUGAUUUCAAUAGUGGAAAAGUGUUUCAAAUUAUUUUUGUUUCACUUCCAUUUGGACAUUCUAAUGAGUAUUUUAUCAUAAAAUCUUGUCUCUGUUGCUAUGCCUAAUUGUAUCUAAAGAAAAUUGUUUUGUAUUGUCAUGAAAUUUAUCACUUUUUUGAUAAUUAUUUUAUUAUGAUUUUAUGUUACAAUGUCUGGUUUGGUCUGACUGUUGAAAGUUGAGACAAUCACUUCCAUGCAGUCUUAGAAUCAGGAAAUCACUAAGUCUAAUCUUAAACCAUCCAGUGGCUUUAGAUUUUAUAUAAUGAGGACAUGUAAGUGUUAUAUUUAUUAAUUUCUCAUUCCAAAAGGGAAUAUAUUUACCCAUUUUUCCUGCUCUCAAAAAGCUAACAUAACAAAUGUGAUUUAGUUUCUAUUCAUACCAUGUUGUGAUAUAAUGAAAUAUUCUUAUUGAAAAGAAUAUGACAAAUAUUCUUGUUGAAAAUAAAGAAUAUGACAAAUAUUCUUGUUGAAAAUAAAGAAUAUGACAAAUAUUCUUGUUGAAAAUAAAGAAUAUGACAAAUAUUCUUGUUGAUAAUAAAGAAUAUGACAAAUAUUCUUGUUGAAAAUAAAGAAUAUGACAAAUAUUCUUGUUGAAAAUAAAGAAUAUGACAAAUAUUCUUGUUGAAAAUAAAGAAUAUGACAAAUAUUCUUGUUGAAAAUAAAGAAUAUGACAAAUAUUCUUGUUGAAAAUAAAGA